AUGUUGAACCUGCUGGUGGUUCUCUACACCAUCUGCUUCAGGAACUUGGGUAUAUCCAUAAUCGUUUUCACCAUCUUGGUGCGCUUGGUGACGCUGCCCUUGACCAUCAAACAACUCCGCCAGAUGAAAGCGAUGACUGACCUGCAACCUCGGAUGCGCGAGAUCCAGGAACGCUACGGGCGGGACAGGCAGCGCGUUUCCCAAGAGACGAUGCGGCUUUACCGGGAGGCAGGUGUCAACCCGGUAGGGUGCCUGGGCCCGCUGGUAAUCCAGAUGCCCAUCCUGUUCGGGCUUUUCCGGGUGCUCAUUCAGACCGCUGCGCCGCUGAGCGCUGCCUUCCUGUGGCUGGACCUGUCGGAGCCAGAUCCGACGAACGUCAUCUUGCCGGUGCUGGUGUUUGUUUCCACCUGGCUCCAGCAGAAGAUGACGAUGACCCCGUCCACAGACCCACGUCAGUCCACGAACCAGAUGAUGAUGCUGUGGCUGAUGCCGUUAAUGAUCGCCUUCUUCUCUUUCACGCUACCCAGCGGCCUGUCUCUGUACUGGGUCGCCUCUAAUUUAAUCGGUAUCGGUAUCCAAUAUUUCAUAACCGGAUGGCAGCCAAUUUUCCCGUUGUUCCCGAAGGCGGAGCCGGUGCCGGGCGACUGCACCGUCUGCGUCAUCAAGCUAUGA